UUUUCUUGGGUCUCUUUCUGCAGCAUCAUCAGAAUGAUUGUGUUCAAACUUCUGGACAGUUUUGAUGGCAUGUUCUGCAGUCAUGGCUAGAGUCUGGUUACAGUUAUGUCUACCGCUCUUCUUAUUUACAAGCACACUCUGUGUAGAUGUGAGUCUAAUCCAAGUCCCUACAAAUGAUGGAAUUUCUGGAGUAUUGUUAGUCCAAACCAAGAACAAUGUGUACAGUUUUAAUGCCACCACAGCCAAAGAAGCAUGUGAGGCUAUUCAAAUGAGAAUUGCUAAUAAGGCUGAAGUGGAAACGGCAAACAAAAAUGGCUUUCAGACAUGCAGGUUUGGUUGGGUUGAGGAGCAAAUCGCUGUUAUUCCCCGAAUCGAGAAAAGCGAUAAAUGUGGUAAAAACAAGUUAGGCAUUUCUGUUUGGAGAGCUAACAUCAGCAAAGAGUUCGAUGUUUACUGUUUUAAGCCAGCAGGUCCUGAUGGAUCAUUUGAAACAACAUCAAGCAGGCCUCAAUCUACAACAGGAGGAAGAACACCAUCAAACAACCGUUAUUCCACUAAAACAACCCAUCCAUCAUCCACCGAGUCAACCUCUACUCCUGCCUACACAUCAAGAUCCCUUCCUCCCUACACAGCCACCCCAUCCACUUCCUUUACUUUCAACACUUCCUCUACAACAUUUACAACAGUUAGUCUUUCUAGCACCAGUGACAGUUCCCAGGCAACAACAAGCACUCUGUCUCUUUCAUCUCUCAGAACUUCAGGCAAAUUCUCAACAUCAGCCCCCUCAUCAUCCUCUCAUUCAUCCACUCAUUUUCUUCUUCAGCAUAGUUCAACUCCAACAGGUCAGCCCGCAUUGUCCCAGACCACUACACAUAACAGACCAUCCAUUAAAGCAGCUUCCAAAACAUUUGUCAUCAUUUCCAUCGUGCUACUGUUCUUGCUGGCAGCGGCAGGUGCAGCUUGGUAUCUCAAAAUUAAAAGAGGACAACGGCUUCCAUCCUGGUCCAGAAUGAGGCCAGACCAGAUUAUGGAAACGGAGAUGUGGAAACAAAUAAGUGAGAGGCAUUGUAUGCCAAAACAGACCAACAAAAACAACAACAAAGGAAUAUGCAACAUCGUCUUUCAAAUGGAACAAAACCAGGACUCACCCUAAAAAACACUGCGUUUUUGUAAAAAAUAAAA